UUUCCGAAAAGCUGGAAUUUUUUCUUUUGCCGUCCAAGUGCAGAUGUUCAAUUCAGUCUUCACUUUAGCAAAGCAAUAGAUAAAGUGGGUUUGCUUUUGAAUGCACAAGUGUUCAGUUCUUGAAAUAUUCUGCUAGAUAGGGUUGCAGGAGUGGGUGAGGUCUCAGUCAUGGGAGUUUGGAGCCGUGAUUUGGAGAGAUAUAAUAAUAUGAACUGUAGAGCACCUCACAGCGGACAAUCAAUCACAAUACACAAAAUGCCUGCGCUGCAAGCGCAAUCCCGAGCUGGAGUCUCCACCAACACACUUCACCGUUUCGAAAACACGCACUUUUAAGGGAACUUUAAGACAACUGGCGCCAAAUUCAACACAAGGAUGCCUUUUUGCAAGAGGACUAUCGUUCCCACAGACGUGUGUAAGAGUCGCGGCGCGAUCUUCACGGAUCUGGUGGAUGUUUGUGGCUUGACUCUGUGCGCGGUCCUCCGUCAGCUGUCGGAUUUAUCCCGUCAGUCGGUGAGCAUCCUGGAGGAGCUGGAGGGAGAGCUCGCCUCCAUCUGCUACCGCUCCGGAGCGCUGGAAAAUAAACUUAUCAGUCUGCAAAAACACAUCUCGACGCUGGCCAGCAAACCUCCGUUCAGAACCACCACCAACUUGGACUCGGAGAGCAAACGAACGGUCCACUUCCAAUCGUCAUGGCAACAGCAUGUGAAUGUGUUCGGCUCGUGGAGUAGGCCGGAGUGUGUGCAGGAACUGCAUCAGGAGGCUCAGCUGAACCUACAGAGCAUACUGCAAGAUUUUGAGGAGCAGCUGUAUGAUAACAGAGUUACAGGACAGACAUUCAGACACUCUUCCUCUCCGAGCUCCGAAGACACGUCAACCACCCUCAGUCGAUCUCCUUCCUCGCUCAGCAACAAGAAGACAGAGUUUGUCUUUGUGCCUGCAAAUAAGCAGGUGUGUGAGGAUGAGACCACAACAUUAGGGGUGCGGGCGCAGGACCCGACCCCCUGCGCAUCGGAGAAGUCUCUAUUUGGCUGGAAUGCCUCAUUGAGCCCUCCUGUUGCAGAGAAACCUCGAUGGCACCUGGGCCGACAAACUCCUUGUCACCUUGUCCCAGUUGAGAUCAAAGGCCAGAGCUUUGAUAAGCACUCCGCACAGCCCAGAGAACUCCGGGCCCCCUUUAGAACUGAUUCAACGGUCAACCCAAAAACCAUUCGCCGCCCGAGGAGUGUGGUUGCAGGCCCUGAUGUCACGCUGCACUGCCAAGGUGACAGCAAAAUUCUUGCUGUGGAUCUAAUUCAAGGUGCCUGUUCCCCUGAAUCCUCUCAACCCAGAUCAUUGGAGCCCACCACUGAGAACACAGGUCAACAACAUAUUCCCCUUCGAAAGACCCAAAGUGACCUGGAGCACAGUUUCUCCUCAUCCCCGAAGACCCCAUUAGGCAUGAUGGAUCAUGCCACUCUGAUGUGUCCCAGCCCCUCCUGGAAUGGCCCAAAAGGUUCCACUUUCUCGCCAUCCUGGAAUGACUCAUACAACUAUGCCUUGGUUACUAGCCCUCCUUCCAAGCAGCCUGUAUCUAAAACUGGAAUGUUAAUGCCUGGAGUUGAAGGAGGUGGUGUAAUGUGCCCAUCUCAGACCAGUUCAGGUCUCUCUGUGAGCUCAGGGUCGCAUUCUAGUUCUUUCACCUCUAUCUCUGAACCAUAUGGACAUAGGAUGUACACAAUUGCACACGGGGGUGGUGUUGGUGUAGGAAAGCAGAAUGAUAUUGAGGGGGCAACUUCUAUUCGGGGCACAGGUAGCAGUCUGAGCAAAAGUGAGCAGGAGAAGAAAUUAGCACGAUCAUUUAGGUUUCGUGAACGUUCACUUUCAACGCCGACAGAUUCUGGGUCUUUUUGCUCAGCAGAUAACGUAUGCUCUCCAGGCGAGACAGUCCCUGUCGUUCCAGAGGGUGAAAGUUAUGCCCUGCUAUAUCCAAGCAACAGCUCGGAAGAUAGCACCAGCACUGAUAAUGUUUCUGUGACCACAGGUUCAGAUUUUCUUCCAGAUGGUCGACUGAGGUCACGUUCACGCAGUAUCUCACUAAAAAAAUCGAAGAAAAAGCCACCACCUCCAGUACGUAGUGUAUCUCUAAUGAAAAACCUGUCAGAAGCUGAAGGGAUGGUCUCCUAUCACAGAGAAGGACAUUUUAGAGAUGGCAGACCCAAAAGCCUAUUUCUCCCUCGAGAUCACAACAUUCAAGAUUCAUUCCAGCCUGACUUCUUAAUUGUCAAGCCUGAGGAAGACAUGGAUCAGGCACAUAGUAGCUUGGAGACAUCUUCUGAUAUAUCUCAGCCUCCUGAGAGGGAAGCAGAACUUGGGUUUCCUCCUCACUGGCAGCUCAAUGAGUGGAAGUCCAACAAUGAUCCUUACCGCUCACUAUCAGGUUCAAGCACAGCCACAGGUACCACAGUGAUUGAGUGCAUGAAGGUGCGGGGCAGCUCAGAGUCCCUAAAUUCACCCUCAACCUCACGAGCAACCUCUCCUUCCCAGCUAUCUAUUGAAGCUGAGACCAAGCCCUCCCCCUUCAGGCCUCCAUGCCUCAUGUCCCCAUCCAGUGGCUACUCGAGCCAGUCUGAAACUCCAACCCCAACCAUAUCAAGCACCCUCAUGACUGGACCUUCUCCAGCUGGCUGUAAAAUGCGGCCAAAGAUUCCAGAGCGGAAAUCUUCCCUCCCAGUGAAGGAGAAAUCUCGCUCACGUCUUUCGUUUGAACUGCCUGCAAACUCUCAGCUGGACCUGUCCUCUGUUAAACCUAAGUCUAAAGCCAGCCGACGCCACUCUGACACAUCUACGGCCAACAAACCAGGUAAAGUGAGCCCCAGUCAGUCAUCUCUGCCUAUGGUUACCACAACAGACUUGCGAAGUAUACGACUUCGUUCAGUAAGCCGCUCAGAACUUGAGGACAGUCCUGAUGGCUCUUCUGACGUUAUAGAAGAAGAGCAGAUUCGAGACAUCAGCCCACCUAUAACCCCCUCAAACACAAAACUGUCAAAGCCACCAGUUGCAAUCAAGCCACCUCUACCUAAAAGACCCAUGAAUUUGAUGCUUAAAUCUCCAUCAUCCUCCCCUUUGACACCUGAGUCUCCUCCAUCUUCCCCUGUGGACCGACCAAUGCCUGUUGGUAACAUCUAUAUGGUUGUAAGAAAGCCCAAACCUAAAAGACCAGCUCAGUCACCACUUAGCACAUCUGCAGUUUCCUCACAAGAGAGACUCUACAGUCAUGUACCUCCUCUCCCCGAGUUUGACCUGGAAUUUGGGAUUCCCAUUGAAGAAGAUCUUCCAUCCCCAAGCAGCCCAGAAAGAGAGGACAAAAGUAAGACCCUACCAAGCAGAAUGACAUUAUCUUGUUUAGCAGAAUUAGAGAAAAAGAAACCCAAGGUACCCCCUCCAGUGCCCAAAAAACCCAGUGUCCUCCUUUUACCAUCUCCAAGUAUUCAGCCAAAUGGAAAUUCAGAGAGGCAAACUCUGCUUUCAGACAGUGUCUCCCAGUCACCCGUAGGUCCUCCGCCAUCUGAGAUUGAGGAAGAUUCUUAUAAAGUUGAAGACGAAGACCAUCCUGAAACACAAAAAAUACACAGAAACCAUGAGGAUCUUGAAAGUUAUGAGACCCCUGAAGAUCUAGAGCAUGAUGUGGUUGUUGAAGAGGACAGUUCAAAAGAUUCAGGUUCUCAUCAAAUUAUGGACUACAAGAUACUUUCAGCAGAGACAGAAACAGAAUCUCACACAGACACCGAAAUAUCCGAAGAGAUCGAUUCUGCAGUUGACAAGAGCGAACUGCACAUUAGUGAAGAAACAGAUGAUGAUGUAUUUGUUCACACUCCAACAACUCAUACCACUGAGGACCUCUUCACCAUAAUACACAGGUCAAAGAGGAAAGUUCUUGGUCGCAAGGAACCGACCGACUCUUUCGGAAGCAGACAGUGUUUGGUCUCACCUGUUAAAAGCAGUAGCACAGACCACCGAACUCUGGGCACUGGGACUACUCCUCGGUCAAGCUCACGGAAUGAAAACUUCAUGGCUCUUCUCCAGAAGAGAAGCAGUAAGGCCAGCAGUGGCACCCGAGUCUCAGCCAUGGAGUUGCUAAAGAGCACAAACCCACUGGCACGACGAGUCACCGAGUUCUCGCAGUCACAACCAGAUGCGAGCACAACAAAUGCACCCAAACCAGCUCCACAGGACCAGUGAACCACAUGCUGGAUAUUCAAGGGCUGGCUCCACUGCCCAUCUAAAUGGUUUAAUAUACAAAGACCUCAAGCUGUUGGAAACGGACAGGGUUUGGAAUGUUGCUUUAAAAAGAAGCGGACUGUAUCGAUGAUGUACAACGAUUGUGGAGGAUAAUCAGCAUUAAAGAAAACUGAGCCCACCAUGAUACAAAAUUCUGGCUUAGAUGGAUAGAUCUGCUGUUCUUGGAAGUUUUAAUGCGAUAAGGAAACUCCUGAAUGGAAACGGACUUCAAGAAUUGUUUAAGGAGCUUAUGUGUUUUUGGCUCUGCCAAAGUUUGCUCUGCAAGGAUUGCGGUGGUGGACAAGAAAGUGUCUUAAAUGUGUAGGAUACCCGUAAUUGUGUUUCAGAAGACUGCACACAGAAAAAAGGAGUGUAUGACUAGAGUCAAAAACAUUCCACAAAAGUUGUAAGCAAAGUCUGGUACCCCUAAAAAUGAAGCACUUUCACCAGUACAAAAACUAGUUUACAAGAUAAAAAAGCUAUAUUUGUUAUUUUUCUUUCUGCGUUACAUUUUUUCAAAAGAUACGAAAGGCCAUAUAAAUGUUUAUUUAAUCUGUACAAAAUUAUAUACAGAAUAUACAAUAUAUAAAUAAAUAAAUUUAAAUACACUUUAUAUAUAAAACAGCUUAAUCAAGGACAUUAAAUACAUCCAUUUGUGACUAUUCUUUGGGAACUGCCUAUUAUUUUAUAAGCUCACGGCACAUUGAAGUGGUCCUGCAUUAUCAUGCAAUACAUAUGAACCAAUCUCUACACAAUAGAUCUUCCCACACUGCCAAAAGUGUACACACAUAGCACCUAUCUAUACCACAAAACCAUUUGUUGAGAAAAUGUGGACAGUAUGAAAAGAAGGAAUAGCACAGGAAGUAGGAAUCUGGAAAACCACAAACUGUAUGUUAAGCUUCAAAAAAGAGGACAGUAAAUGUCACAACUGGCUCAUUGGUCCAAUCUCUCAGGGGUUUCUUUGUAUCUCAGGAAACCCACCAUGGCUAUUGGUUUAAAGGGUUAUAAUCUCUUUAUAGAGGUUUACUUCUACAACACACAAAGCAUUAGGAAGGAGGACUACAGAUGAUGGUACAAGAAGUCAUGAUUUAAAAUUCUUUCUUUCCUCCACAUAUUUCUUCUCAAAAGCUCUAAUCCCAUUCCAGUCCCAGAUGAUCUUACAUCUUCUAACCCAUGUAAAGCUUCUCACUGUAUCUUUAUUUCAGACUAUGCAUCAAAGCCCCAACACACCUGCUCAUCUGACAGCGCUGGCUGUGAACGUCUAUGAAUGUUAGGAAAAGUGGAAGGCAAACUGGAACAGUUUUCAAUAUCAACCCAAAAAAAUUAAUUUUUAAUGGUUGCCCGCCAUGUCACUGCAAGGCUGAAUUGUAGAUCGACAUUUGAGUGCACAAAGACUUUGCAGACUUUGAUCAAAUGUGAUAAUUUACUGAAGGACGUAAGCAGGUCAUCCGUGCUAACUUCAUUUGUCAUCCCUCAUUGUGGGAUUUUUGGAGACUAUCAGACAGCUGCACUCAAAGACAGCUUCUUACCAUUCCAGAUGAAGCUCCCCUUCCUAACGUGACUGUUCCUCUGGCUCCCAAUCAGACGAUGGACAGAAACUGGUGCUAUUGAGCCGGAGCGCCCUCAGCAGUCCAGGAGAGGAAGUGCUUGGCAAAAAUCUGUUCUGACUCGUGAACAUUUGCAAAACUGAGUCUUAAUAUAUAUUUACCUUCUCAGACUGGUCAUACAUGUAUUCCGACUGUACGAAAAGGUGUAAAAUGAAAAAAGAGGAGGAAUACCACAACAUUUAAAAGUGUGUGACAUUUGUUUUAAAUAUUUAGUGAAUGAAAAAAUGAGUGUUUAUUUGCCUUGUACUCUGGCGUGAAGCCUCUGUGUUUUUAAAUGCCUUGGUAUUGCACUUCCGUAGAGGUAUGCAGAGUUUCUUUUACUCUUUUUAGGAUUUACUACUAUAGUAUUUAUCACUACUCUUGUGUACUCUGUGCUUAAUCCUAUCAAUGUCAGCAGUACUCUCACAGGUACAAACAAAAGAGAGACCGGAGGGGGGAUAUGGUAGUAUUUGGGCAAAACAAAAUAGAGAACACAAGAGAUGUACGACUGUUAGAAGCCUUGUGCAUCAAUAAUGUAAAUCCCAGAGAGGGAACAUACAGUAUUUCCAGCUUCUACACAGAUGAAUGCAGCAUCCUUUAGAAGGAUGAACUUAUAAUCCUAUUAGUAGCAUUUGACACAGUGACCUGAAAAGAAAAGGUAUUCACCAAGCGUGGACAUUUUUGUUUACAGUUCUUCCACCUUGUGCAAGCCAUUUUAUGCUCGAUUCUUCUUUUUUUUAUCAAGCUUAUUGGGUUUCAUUCUAAAGCCAAUUUUGGUUCACAGAGCAGGGCCAAAUCUGCUCUACAACAAUAAAAAUGUGCCAAUUUAGAAGGAAAAAAAAUAUUUUAACAAGCACUGUGCGCAACCUAGUUGUUUCUGAGCCUUGAACAAGAUUUACAAUGAUUGUGUUGUGGUAAAUGGGAACCAACGACUUUAAAUCAGUUCCUGACAUCACAAGUUGAGCAAACUUUAGCAUUUAGAAAUGAGAUGGAGUAUAAUAAAGUAUAAUAGUAUUUCAGUGCACAAAGGCUCUCUACUGAUUGCCAACACAGCUUUACAAAUGUUAAGAUUGCCCUUAUUCAUUGGGAAUAAAUGAAAGACAGGGUGGAAAGGCAAGAAAAUUAUGAGAAUUAUAUUUUUGUUAUUUUAUCCUUGGAAAGACAUAUUUUAAAAUCUGCAUAUUAUAGACCUCACCCUCAAGUGGAAAUUAUAAGAUUGGUGUGAGAUCUUUAAAUCCGUUGCAGUAUGUCUUGCCUAUGUGGUAAAAAGUAUAUCAUUAAAAUAAAUUAUUUUUCUUGCAUAACA